GAGAGGGUGGGUGCCAGAAGCACGGGUGCAGAGCCUCUUAUUGAUUCGUCGUCGUUCGCAGUUGUUCUAUGUCACCUAAGAUUGAGUUACGGUUCCCGGAUGGUCCACCACAAGCGCAUCCUGGCUCGUUCAAACAGAAUGGUAUGGAUUCCCAGCGUCGCCCUUCGGAAAAGAAUGGCGCCCCCUAUUUCCAUGAUCCCGACCCUUUAAUAGAAGAGGUUCUAAAUGAGGGCUAUGAGCAAGAGAUGGCAGCUGUAGCAUCCACAAUGGCUCCUGUUCAUUCCUCCACCAUUAAUGUGAUUGUACAAAAAUGCUUAUGUAGGCCAAAGCAACAUCUAGAAAAUGCUAGUUUGAAGCGAGAAAGAAACUUGUUGGUGGCAUUGAGCACGGUUCCCUACUGCAAUGCAUCAGCUUCACAAUGGGCCUUGCUUCGUGGUUUUUAUACUGCAGCGGCGACGUUUGCCCUUGAGGAACCAGCUCUGGCCUCAGAGUGCCCUCGGAAGGGGAACCACUGGCAGAUUGUUGGCUUUCAAGGCUGCGAUCCAGCGACAGACUUUCGUGGCACAGGUAUUCUCAGUCUCAUUCAGCUGUAUAACCUAGUACAAACGCUACCUGAAAGUAAGCUGGCUGCUGUCGUCCAGCUUUCUCGAAACGAACCUCAUGACUUCCCCUUUGCUGUUGUGGGAAUAAACAUCACAGCCCUGUUAGUAACUCGACUACGUAAUGGCGAGCUCAUCGAGUCUGCUCUUUUAUGUGGAGGAUAUCUCAAAGCCCUUAAUAGACUUUACCAGUCAUGUAUUAUUUUAUUUUGUAAACAAUGGAAAGAGGAGAACUGCACAGUGAAAGAUUGUCAACAUAUACUCAAUAAAAUCGACACUUUACUGCGGCAGUCUCAAAAAUCGCUGCUGAACUCUUAAUUGAUGGUGCUACUGGAAUAAAAUUCUAUGUA